AUGCCUUUACUUCUCUCUAGUUAUAAUAAUAUUAAAAGGGUUAUUAAUCUGCAGUUUUCCCUAAAUAAGAGAGAGAGGAGAGAGGAUAUUACUAAAGCCACUUAUAAGGGGAGUGCUAGUAACCUAGACUACAUAAGCUAUUUAUCCUUAUUUACUAAUGCCUUAGCAUUCUUAUUAUUAUUAGCCUAUCUUAUUAUAUUAAGUAAAGCCUUAGCAGAUAUUAGCUUUAUAAGGCUAGGACUUAGUUAG